AUGGCGACCUCCGUUCUUACACCUGUCGCAGAUUCUCUCAAGUUUGAUGGAGCUGCAUCAUCAGUCACAUUCGAAACCUUCGAACUGCCAGAAGGCAAUCAACGAAUUCUUGGAUCACCUCAUCCCGGCGGAACGGUCGCACCUCUAGCUCUGCGACCUUCCAGCGCAGAUGAAGAAGUUGACUUGCAAGCGGCUAUUCAGGCAGUCAAGGUGUUGCAAGACCAAGAUGGAAUUCUUACCAAGAAACUUGCACUUCACGGCACGCUGCUUUUCCGAGGGUUGCCCGUGCGCAAUGCAGACGACUUCAGCAGAUUUGCCCAUGCGUUCGGAUAUAAACCACAUGAGAUCAUUGGCAUCGUUGUCAACAGACCUUUGCUAGCACCAAACGUGGCCCCAGCGAACGAGUCGCCCAAGGAAGUCCUGAUCUACAACCACAACGAGUCUCCACAGGUGCCGCACGCUCCGGAGUAUAUCUUCUUCUACAAUCACAAGGCACCCGAUAGAGGCGGUGAAACCCCAAUCUCUUCGUCACUUGAGUUGUUUCAUCGUGCCAAAGAAGAGAUUCCUGACUUUAUUGACGAGCUUGCCGCCAAGGGUAUACUUAGUCAAGUCACCUACAAGUUCGACAAGCAGUAUGCUGGCGGUUCCACGCUCAGGCAGGCUUUCGGCAAGGAUUUCAAUGAUGAAGAUGACGAGGCUACGAAGAGAACGAAGAUCGAAGCCCAGAUUGCCAGAUAUGGUCGAGGCAAGCACACGACGUGGGAAUGGAUUGAGAAUGGUGUGAUUCUGACGCAUAAGCUGCCUGCCAUCCGAACUCAGCCGAGGUCGAAUCUCCCGACUUUAUUUACAGGCCUUGCUGCUUACUGGAAGAAUUCGCAAGGUGGCAACGGUUCAAGAAAGGAGGUCACGAGACAGUUGUACGGGGACGGAACCCCCAUUCCAGACAAGUACCUGGAGCACUUGGCAAAGAUAACGGACGAAAUACGAGUGCUUCAUAAAUGGCACCAGGGCGAUGUUCUUGUUUACGACAAUAUCAUUGCGCAGCAUGGGAGGCAGCCCUGGCAAGGCGAACAAUCUGAUCGGGUGGUCCUGGCCAGUCUUUUUGAUGGAGAAAGCGUUCCUGGUGCCUACAACGAUGCUGAUUGGGCUCAGGUUGUUCAAGCACUUGACUGA